UUGGCAAGCAUUUGUCACUCAACAGAUGAAACGAAACGUCAAGCGAAAAUGUCACAAUUACCGAAAGAAGAUAAAAUGUCCAGCUUGUUAAAAUUGGCACAAAAAUUUAAUUGCUUCUAUUUGUCAGAUUUAAAUGGUAGCGCCUGCAAGCCGUUUGUAGUGAAAGGUUUGCAGGUGGGUUUAAUACGAGCCGACGUUAUGAAGCAAUUAACGAACUUUCCUGAGGUUUUUCAUAUCCACUCUGGAUGUGUAGAACUAAAUCCGGCGUUUAGAGAUUAUGAAGAACGUAGCACAAAAGUGGAUGAAGUCUUAAGAAAGUUGAGGAUCAAAAAUGCAUUUAUUACAUUAAAGGGUUGGAGAGAUGAGUGUUAUGAAGUUAAAACAGAAUUUAGUGCUUCUAGUCUAUUGAAAAUGGAUAGAUCUGCAACAUGUUUAUUUGGUAUUAGAAAUUAUGGAGUUACGAUAAAUGGAUUUGUUAAAGAAUCCCAACAAGUCAAGUAUCUCUGGUUUCAGAAAAGAUCACCUACGAAACAAACUUGGCCAGGAAAAUGGGAUAAUAUGGUCAGUGGCGGUCUCUCUGUAAAUCAUGGAAUUUUGGAAACGGCCUGCAAAGAGGCGAUGGAAGAGGCCUCAAUACCUUCGAAUUUAUUAAAAAAUCUAGUCAGUGCGGGAUGCGUCUCGUUCUUUUUCGAAUCGGAACGUGGUCUAUUUCCAAAUACAGAGUUUGUGUUUGAUUUAGAGCUGCCAUUCGAUUUUGUUCCAGAAAAUGCAGAUGGAGAAGUUGAGACUUUUGAAAUUUUGCCAGUCGAGAAAUGUGUGGAAAAAAUUCUAGCUCCCGAUUUUAAAACAACAAGCGCACCAGUGGUGUUGGAUUUCCUAAUUCGACAUGGAAUAGUAACCCCUGAAAAUGAAAGUGAGUAUUUGAAGAUAAUUGAGCUACUACACAUUCCACUGCAGACUGUCUACAAGCAAUAUGCUUACCAAAUUAAAGAAAACGGUUUCGCUGCUCUAAAUAGUGUAUAAUUAUUUAAUUUCCUUAUUAACUCGAAUAGCUUUUAUAGUUAUGGAUAGCUUUAUUUUUCAAUCAUUAGAUGAUAUGAAUAAUGGAAAAAAUUUAAUGUUGCCGUAGUUUUUAUCGAACAUUAAUAUAUCAUUUUUAAUAAUUAAUAUUCAGUGCAGCUCUUUUUUUCUUAAAUAACUAGUCAUUGUGAGUGUUGCAUGAACGUUUUUAUAUGAGAAGAAAGAAGUUCUGAAAUGGUUUUAAAGGUAUUUUAAUUGCAAGAAACAGCUAAAGAUGUGUUUUCUUAACUUUCGCUUUCAAGCAUUCCAUUAAUUUUACUAAUAAAACUUGAUUUACGAUUUUACACUCAAGUUACUUUUCUAUAAUUUAUCCGAUUUUGUAUCGUUAAUAUCACUUUUGAGUAAAAUAUAUUUAUUACUUAUGAAAAAACAUUAUUUAUAAAUCUAUUGAUUGAAAGCUUUUUUUAGAUGUUUGUAAAAUACCUGUUACUUUUUAUACGAAAAAGAGACUUAAAUUUGCUAUGAUUUGUUUGUAUGCAGUUUACAAAACUUUUUGAGUUGUGUAUAUGCCAUAUUUAUAAAUAAUUAGGAACCAAGUAUUUCAUAGUUCUUGAAAAGUGUAGUCAAACUGUUGUCAUUCAAUGAUAUAGCUGUUUUGUAUAAAAUCUGUUUUUAUUGUGAUAAACUCAUUAAACUAAAUUGAGAAUAAAGAAUUACUAUACCUAUCAUCAUUCCAAAUAAUAA